AGUGCUUACAGUGAAGCACCAACACACUGCCCCCUAGUAAAACACUCCCCGCACACAGUUAAGCCUUUGAUUGCCCCUCAUGUUGACCCCUUCCUGCCCAGUGUCAUUAGUACAGUUCAGGGGCGGACUGACAACUCAUGGUGCUCCCGGGCAAUAGGGGAUCAUGGGGCCCCUGUGUCCUCGCCCACACUCAAACCACACCCAAAAAGCCUAUGAAAGGUACCAAGUGGCAUCUCAUGGGGCCCCCUACUGACCCCGGGCCCUCGGGCAGUGCUGGAGUUCCCAAAUAGUCAGUCCGCCCCUGGU